AUGCCACUCUCUUUUCUCAGAGAACCAUUGACAUUUAGGGAUAUGGCCAUAGAAUUCUCUCUGGAGGAGUGGCAAUGCCUGGACCCUGCACAGCGGAAAUUAUAUAGGAAUGUGAUGUUAGAGAACUACAGAAACCUGGCCUCCCUGGACCUGAUAACCUGUAUAGAGAAAGCAAAGGAGCCCUGGAAGAUGAAGCGACACGCGAUGGUGGAUGAAUCCCCAGGCCUCUUUCAGGGCAGGACCUCCCCG